AUGGAGUUUCCUCCUAUUUGGUGCAAGUGGAUUAAAGAGAUUUUAGAGUCAGCCAAAUCCUUGGUUUUAGUUAACGGGGUGCCUACUUUUGAAUUCCAAUGCACUAAAGUCAUUCGGAAAGGGGACUCUUUAUCUCGUUUUCUUUUCCUUAUUGUCAUGGAAGCGUUGUUGUGUAUCUUCUCUAAAGCCGAGGAAGCUGGAAUCUUCAAAGGAAUUCAAACACCUAACGAGGGUCCGGUUCUCUCUCACCUUUUUAUGCCCGGCGACGCUUUAAUCCUCGACGAGUGGAGUAAAGAAAAUGCGGUAUAUGUCUCUCGUCUUCUUAGAGUCUUUUAUAUGUGUUCUGGCCUUAAUAUUAAUUUGAAAAAAUCAAACAUUUUUUGUCAUCGAGGUGGAGGUGGGGGAAGUUUCUACUAUGGCGAAGGUUUUAGGUUGCAAAAGAGAAGAGGUUCCGUUAACAUACUUGGGAAUAACAGUAAACGCCAAUAUGAAUUGAAUUAA